UUUCAAUGACCCGUGCUUCAGUGAGGAGCGUUCAGCUAGUCCCACAAUUAACUCCACCCUGAAAGCAGCCGACGUCACACAGAGAACUACCCCGGGUGCAAUAGAUUUGAUACCCCUGGUUAGAGCCAGUGACGGCUUGUGAAUCACCCUGGAGAUGUCAACACAGCUGGGCUGACCUACCCCUCCCCCGAGGGCCCUUCCCUCCACGUGACCCGGGUACGUGUGUACGAGACAUGCGGUGGUACGGGUACUAGUGUUGAUAUUGUUUACUAGCUGCACCACGGAGUUGGGCGAGUGUCACGUAGGAUAUAGCGCUUGAUGUAGGAAUUUAUACGCCAUCGUUUGUGAAUUACAAAUACAAGAUAUGUCGGCGCCCCCUGGUGGCCGAGUGGAGAUACUGGUGUCCUGUCAGGACCUGGUCAAUCUGGACGUGUUCACAAAGACUGACCCCAUGUGUGUCCUAUUUGUGAAACUCUUCGGCCAGUGGAAAGAACACGGGCGGACAGAGGCUAUCAGGGAGUCGCUCAACCCCAGGUUCACACAGGUCUUCCUCGUGGACGUGCAGCCUGACGUGCAGCAACACCUUAUGUUCUCCGUGUACGACAUCGACAGUAGGUCAUCAGACUUGCGCCAACAUGACUUUGUUGGAUGCGUGGAGGUGACUCUGGACUCACUGAUUGACGUCACCAAACCUUGGACCACCACUUCCAGGAUUCUUCGAGUAGCAGGUGAUCCGAAGUCUCGUGGUCUGAUUAACAUGACCGCCGAGAUUGUGCGAGAAACGAGAAGCAAAGCCCAGUUCCAUGUAGCGGGUCACAAACUAGGGAAGGUCGGCUUCCUCAAUAACCGCAAGCCAGACACGUACCUCGAAAUCGGCCGACAGAUAAACAGCGUGACAUACCACCCGGUGUUCAGGACAGAGGUGCAGCACAAGACGAGGAGUCCCAGCUGGCGCCCGUUCGACGUGAGCAUGCAAAGACUCUGCAACGACGACCUUGACCGCCCAAUACAGUUUUCCUGCUGGCAUACGAACUAUGGGGCUGGGUUCAAGUCUGCCUAUGACAAACUAGGGGAGUUUGUGACAACAGCCAGAAAGCUCCUGAACAUGAAAAGAGUAAACAAUUACAAGAGCUUCCAUCUCAUUUGCCCAAAGAAGGAGAAGAAAAAAAAGAAGGAUGUUACUUCCGGCAGCGUUAGAUUUUACCAGUUCCGUGUGGACAAGCAGCACUCCCUGAUGGACUUCGUGCGAGGCGGAUGCAAGCUGAGACUCAUCAUUGCUAUCGACUUCACUGCUUCCAAUGGUACAGUAUCGGACGAACUAUCUCUCCAUAGCUGCGACGAUGCAAAGAACCAGUACCUGGCGACGAUACAGACGCUCGGAGCCAGCAUAUCUCGCUACGACGUGGAGCAGAAGAUAGCAGUGUUUGGAUUUGGCGCCAAGAGAACAUCAGACGACAAUCCGCUCCACUGCUUCCCGCUCAGAGACAACCAAUCAAAUAUCUGGGUCAGCGGGGUCAAGGGGGUAACGGAAGCAUACACAAACGCCCUUCCCACUCUGACCUUUGCUGGGCCAACCUGCGUGGCGCCGGUCAUAGCAACCGCUGCUGACGUCAUCCGUGACGCCACAGUCACCCAAGGCAACCAGAUAUACCACGUGCUGCUUAUUCUUACAGAUGGUGUAAUUAACGAUAUCGACGAGACGAUACAUCGACUAAUUGACACGAGUGGUCUCCCUUUGUCAGUUAUCAUCGUUGGAGUUGGGCCUGCCGACUUUUCUUUGAUGGAGCAGUUUCAUACACGCGACAACAGGCCCCUGGCAGAUGACCACAGCAAGAGGACAGCAACUCGAGCCAAUGUCCACUUCACAGCUCUGAAGAAGGAAGCCUUGGUCAGCGGGGGCAGCCUGGCUGUGGUGCAAGAAGCCCUCGCCUCGCUGUCAUCCCAGUUUCUCCAGUACAUGAAGUGCCACAAUAUAACUCCAAACAGACCCCGUGUAAUGAAAGCUGACCCCCGGAGCUCCUGGGUGGGGUCAACAGCGGAGGAGAGGGAGGGUCUGGAGACCAUGGGUAUGAUAUCAGCCCCCUCUAUGACGUCACUGGCGUCCAGGGGGUCGAGAGGCUCGGCCAUGUUCACACAGACGGGUCCGUUCUGUCCAACGUGCGGAUCGUCGGUGGGGGACGGCCUGGGGGGUUCAAUGUACGAUGUUCACACCUUCUAGCGUUCUGGAGGUCUAGGCCUGAGCAUCAGAAGGCUAGCGGACGAGAGGACAAGAAUAUAAAUCAACGCGCGGUCCAGCGGCGAGUUGGUUCGCUCGAAUGCAAAAGCGUGGACCAGCAAAUUUGCAGAUAUGUGGAACAAUUGACUAGUGGGCGCGUGAACAGGACGCUAGAACACGCGUUGGCUAGUUGACUGGCAGACCACUUAUCCAGAUGACUAACGGGCUAGUGGGCCAGUGUGCUAGCAGAGUUUGACAAUGAGACAUUACAUGAACGGACUUCCAGUACGAUAAUCCGAAAUAUACGCGGACAAGAGGAUCAGCAGGAUGGUGGACAAGUCGGCGAGUGGACAAGCAGACUAGCGUGCAAGAUAGUCAUGUGCAAUACACAAGCAGCAAUACGAAUCAACAUUGAAUAUAUCUCAGUACAAAGUCAACACAGUAUGAUCCGAUUCCCGUCAGAAUGAUUCAGACAUUUCACCGGAACUAAAUUACAAUGGAUAGAACAAUAUAGUUGUGGAGACAUGACGUGUCUGUUAUUCGUAUGAAGAAUCUGUGAUAGCGAAUGUAAUUAUUCGCCAUGACAACACUCGCCAAAUACAGAUGUUCAAGUAAUAGCUAUUUCCUAUAGACUUCACAUUAAGGUAAUUAGACCAAGCGCAAUCAUUAGCACAGUAAUGCCUGUCACGCAAUACUACCAUAGCCCCUCGAUGCAUCGGUCGUUUAGACACUUGUGAUGGUAAACUUGGUAAGGUUCAACUCAGAUGUCUGAGUGGUGUUAGACAAGGAGGACCAGCGCCGAAACUGUCCUUCCAGGGUUAAAGCUCUACUGCAUACUCUGUAUGUACAGUAGAUAACGCCAUGUUUGUUUGUUUGUUGUUUAACGUCGCACUCAGCAAUAUUCCAGCUAUAUGACGGCCGUCUGUACAUAAUCGAGUCUCCACGCAAUCGGGAUACGAUGACAUGUAUCAACCAAGUCAGCGAGCCUGACCAGCCGAUCCCGUUAGUCGCCUCUUACGACAAGCAUUGUCGCUUUUUACGGCAAGCACGGGUUGCUGAAGACCUAUUCUAGCCGGGAUCUUCAAGGGUCAGAUAACGCUAUGUAUAAUGUUGAGGUUGGUUUACUUCAAGAGGCUGCAAUAUCUCACCUUAAACCCUUCAAUUAUUUUUAUUGGUCUUGUCUUGAUUUCAGUUAACUAUGGGAUCCUAGAAGGGACAUUGUCGCGUUGUCGCAUUGUCGUUCUCCCAAAAACGAGGACAGGGUGUCAACAUUAAUCAAAGCGCAACAAUGUUCCUUCAAGGAUUCCAUAGUUAAUUUCCAUUGAGAAAUGCCAUUGUCUGAUUGGAUGAAUCAUCUUUAUUUUCAUGCUCGGGACAAUGUUGUUUAAAUGUUUUAUAUUUUGUGUGAUACAAUGAUGGCUCUAAUUCCUGACAGGUAAUCUGCUAAGGUAAUAAAACACCGGAUAUCCUAUA